AUGAUCUCUGUCCUCCUGGUAAUGCUCCUACAGCUCUCAUUUUCUGUGCACAAGGCAGAGAAGUCCCUUUGUUUCCUAAAAACCAGUCCCAGCCUCUCUAGGGAUGGAGACCUACUUAUUGGAAGCUUUCUCCCCAUGCAUUCUGUAGAAGUGAGUAAUGUUAGAGGAGCAGGUCUGUUUCAAAGUCAUCCUGACAAGAGUUGUAGAGAUUACAAGUGGCUGCACAAAAAUUACCAGCAGGUCCUGGCCCUGCUAUUUGCUGUGGAGGAAAUCAACAGGGACCCCAAUCUGUUGCCCAAUAUUUCUUCCCUGGGAUUCCAUGUUUACAAUGCUUACCACAGUGAUGAGAGAACCCUGGAGAGUUCCCUGAGAUGGCUGUCUGGGCAGGGCCAUCUCAUCCCUAACUAUAGCUGCUUGAGGCAGGACAAGUCUGUGGCUAUCAUUGGAGGAGCUACAUCAGCUCUGUCUAUCCAGAUGGGGACUCUGCUUGAGCUCUACAAAUUUCCACAGAUCAGCUAUGGGCCUUUUGAUUCCAUCCUGAGUGACAAGGCCCAGUUCCCGUCACUCUACCAAAUGGCCCACAGGGACUCUUCCCUGCACCAUGGUAUGAUCAGGUUAAUGCUACAUUUUGAUUGGACAUGGGUAGGUUUGGUGACCACAGAUGAUAUGAGAGGUGAAGAAUUCCUCUGGAACUUAAGAGGGGACAUGAUUAAACAUGACAUCUGCCUGGCCUACACUGAGAAGCUCCCAGUCAGUGAGAGAAGACACAAAGAAUCUCAGUACAUGUUCGUGCCACGUAUCUUAGAAUCCUCAGUCAGAGUCAUCAUCAUUCACGGUGACACAGAUUCACUCAUGAUCCUUAGAUAUUCACAGCCUCUUCUUCAUUUCUUCCUGUGGAAGGUCUGGAUCACUACAUCUCAUUGGGACAUCACCAUGAGACCCCAGUGGAAUGAUGGCUACAGUUUCCAUGGAGCACUUUCAUUUUCACAGAUGACAAAGGAGAUACCUGGUUUCAAGUCCUUUCUCAGGACAGUAAACCCUUCCACAUACCCAGAGGACCCUUUAUUGAAGGAGUUUUGGUGCUCAGCAUUCAAGGGCCUUAAGAGCCUGGAAAAUGAGGAGUCAAAUGAAUGCUCACCUAAUGCCUCCUUGGAGAUGCUUCCUCUUCGAUUCUUUGACAUGUCAAUGUCUAGUCUGAGUUACACCAUCUACAAUGCUGUGCAUACCGUGGCCAGGGCCCUCCAAGAAAUUCUCCUGGUGAUAUCAGAGAAAGAAUUGAUAAGAGAUGGAGAAACCUGGGUGGCUCAGCCAUGGAAGCUCCACAAUUUUCUGAAGAGCACCCACUUUAACAACAGUGCUGGUGACCAUGUGUUUUUGGAUGAUACAGGAAAUUCUGAGGCUCAUUAUAACAUUUUGGAGUACUUAUUCUUUCUCAAUGACACUGAAAAUAUGGUGAAAGUAGGACAUUUUAUUCCAAAUGCUCCAUAUAGUCAAGAUUUUACCAUUCGUAAUGAGGCUAUGGUGUGGGGCUGGUUUGAGCCAAAGGCUCCCCAAGCUGUGUGCAGUGAUAGCUGUGGCCCUGGAUUCAGGAAAACCCCACGGGAGGGAGAGCCCAUCUGUUGCUUUGACUGUUCUUCAUGCCCAGAAGGGGAGAUUUCCAAACAAAUGAAUAUGAAACAUUGUAUGAUGUGUCCUGAAGAUGAGUAUCCCAAUAAGGAGAGAGAUCGCUGCCUCCCCAAAGUCAUUACCUUCCUGGAUAUCAAAGAACCUCUGGGAAUGAUUCUGGCCUGUGUGGCUCUUUUCUUCUCUGUGCUGACAGCUCUGAUUCUCGGGGUGUUUGUGAAAUUCCGAGAUAUUCCCAUAGUGAAAGCCAAUAACCGGACCCUCAGCUACACUCUCCUCAUCUCCCUCACCUCCUGUUUCCUCUGCUCCCUGCUCUUCAUUGGCCGUCCCACUGCAGCCACCUGCCUCCUCCGACAAACAACUUUUGGGCUUGUCUUCACUGUGGCUGUUUCUUCCAUUUUAGCAAAAACCAUUCUGGUAGUUCUGGCCUUCAGGGUUACAAAACCAGGAAGCAGGAUUAAGGUAUGGCUGCAACCUAGAGUGUCCAACUGUGUUGUAGUCCUUUGCUCUGGGAUUCAAGUGAUUCUAUGCAGCAGCUGGCUGGGAAUCUCUCCCCCCUUCCCAGAAACAGACAUACAUUCUGAACCCAAUCAGAUCCUCAUUGAAUGUAAUGAGGGCUCUGUUUUUGGUUUCUACAGUGUCUUGGGCUACAUGGGCUUCCUAGCUCUGGGAAGCUUCAUAGUGGCUUUCUUGGCCAGGAGUCUACCUGACACCUUCAAUGAAACCAAGUUCAUCACCUUCAGCAUGCUGGUGUUCUGCAGCGUGUGGGUCUCCUUCCUGCCCACAUACCAGAGCACCAAGGGCAAAGCCAUGGUGGUUGUGGAGAUCUUCUCCAUCCUGGCAUCCAGUGCUGGCUUACUGGGCUGCAUCUUCAUUCCCAAGUGUUAUGUGAUCUUUCUUAGGCCACAUAAUGCAAGAGUAAGAAGCAUUUGGCUUAAGAAUUUGAAAGGAUUAGCAAAUGGAUAA